CAGGACUUCAGGACCUGUGACUUUGGAAAGCUACUGCCAGCAAUGAGUGGGGGAAAUAAUAAAUAUGUGGAAAAAAACAUCCAAACCAGGAACACCAGUUCAGUCUGGGCUACUCAAGCCUCCUCCAGUGCCAGCACUUGGACUCUGUGGGAACCUGCAGGUCCAAGGUUGAAAAUGAAGCGGAGAAAAUGAAGGGGCCACUUUGCCACGUCGUCCCCAGAAGACACGCGACCCAUACACACGAACCCGAGGGUGGCGAGGCUGAGAUGAAAAUGAGCAGCGGGUUCGGCGGGCGGUUCCAGCUGCAUGACUUCAGUAAAACAAUCCUCCGUCACACACGCUGAAGAUCUGACGUGCUGACAGCAGUGAUGAGGCCUCGGAGCAGAUAUUACACAUCUAUUACACAUAGCCACCGUAGGGUGAAGUCAAAAUCCAAGAUGGCGCUCUCCGUGCGGACUAACUUCAAACAUCUCUUCAGAUUCAUUCAAAGGUUUAAUUCUCCUCAAAGGUUACUCUGCUCCGGAGCCUGUACGGGAAACAAGGAGCCUCCAGGAGGUGGGCGUGUAUUCUCAGGGAUCCAGCCAACGGGGGUGCCCCACCUGGGCAACUAUCUGGGUGCCCUGGAGAACUGGGUGUCCCUGCAGGACCAGUAUCCUUCGGUGCUCUACAGCAUUGUGGACCUGCACUCCAUCACACAGCCUCAGGACCCGGCACGACUCAGGAGCAACAUCCUGGACAUGGCAGCCAGCCUGCUGGCCUGUGGCAUCGACCCGGAGAGGGCGAUACUCUUCCAGCAGUCACAGGUAUCCGAGCACGCUGAGCUCUCCUGGAUCCUCGGCUGUCUGACCAGCAUGCCUCGCCUCCGACACCUGCCUCAGUGGAAGAUGAAGAGCAAACAGAAGAAUGAAGGCAGCGUUGGUCUCUACACGUAUCCUGUCCUCCAGGCCGCCGAUAUCCUCCUCUACAAGUCCACUCACGUCCCCGUCGGAGAGGAUCAGGUCCAGCAUUUGGAGCUGGUUCAGGAUCUCGUUCGCAUCUUCAACAACCACUACGGAGACCUGUUCCCUGAACCCAGCGCCCUGCUCAGCUCCACACGAAAGGUCAAAUCCCUCCGUGACCCUUCUGUCAAAAUGUCCAAAUCCGACCCCCGAGCGAGGGCGACGAUCACCAUCACAGACUCUCCUGAUGACAUUGCCCUCAAGAUCCGCCGUGCAGUCACUGACUUCACCUCUGAGGUCACCUUUGACCCAGAGACACGGCCAGGCGUGUCCAACCUGGUGACGAUCCAUUCUGCCAUGGCGAGGAUCAGCGUGGACGAGGCGGUGUCGCAGGCCAAAGGGAUGGACACUGGUGUCUAUAAGAAGCUCGUCACUGAGGCUGUGAUCCAGAGGCUGACGCCCAUCAGGGAGGAGAUCGAGAGGCUGAGGUCUGACCCUGCUCACCUGGAGGGAGUGCUGGCUCAGGGGACAUGCAGGGCCCGGGAACUGGCUGCGCCGGUCCUCAGAGAGGUCCGACAGAGAGUGGGAUUCUGCUGAGAGGCAGCUGGAGGCCUCGUGGGGCCACAUUUACACCGCAGGCCUCUCUCAGUAUUUAACUGCUGCUGAUAUCAGAUUUUAUUCCGAUGACUGUUUACAGCUCUGAGAUAUUAAAGGAUGUAACGCAUUAAAA